AUGUCUGAAACUUCGUUCGAUGAACUUGAGGAGCUUUAUAAAGAUCUAGAAGCACUUGAAGAAGAUCUUGAACCACUUAAAGAAGAGCUUGAAAAUCUCAAGAAGAAGCUAACCUGCCUGGGUAGCCAUCAAACUGUCCAGGGAAUUUUUGCAUGCCAGACAGAGCCAACCAAAUUUAUUCGCCAUAGAGUAGUGCUCAAUCGCGCUAUCGAAGAAGAGCUCAAACUCGAACGCACGAUUGAAGAAAAGGGCAAGCUCAAAAACCUUAACCUAGUCGAUGAGGACCUAGGCAAAUGGCAUCACGAUAAAGAACGCAUCGACUCUACGGCGGAGGAGGUAACAUCGAUGAGUAUCAAGCAAAAUCUUGAGAAGGAGUUGCAGACAUUGAAGGGGCAAAUUUCGGACAAGGAGAAAGAAAUCGACGGUAAAAAGGAGGAGAUUAAGGAGGAGAAGUCUCUGACGAAGGAGCAGAUCAAGGAGCGAGGAAUCAAGUCAUACAGGCUGUAG